GCUCCGGUGCAUCACUUCUCCCCGGGCCUCUCCUCCCCCGUUGCAGCUCUCCCCGGCUGCAGCCUUCUUCCCGGGCUCCGGUGCAUCACUUCUCCCCGGUCCUCUCCUCCCCAGUUGCAGCUCUCCCCGGCUGCAGCCUUCUUCCCGGGCUCCGGUGCAUCUCUCCUCCCCCGUUGCAGCUCUCCCCGGCUGCAGCCGUCCACCCGGGCUCCGGUGCAUCUCUCUUCCCCCGUUGCAGCUCUCCCCGGCUGCAGCCUUCUUCCCGGGCUCCGGUGCAUCUCUCCUCCCCGGUUGCAGCUCUCCCCGGCUGCAGCCGCCCUCCCGGGCUGCGUUGCACCCCUCCUCCCCGGCUGCAGCCCUCCUCCCCAGCUGCAACCCUCCUCCCGGGCUGCAACUGCAACUCUCCUCCCCGGUGCAUCCGUCCUCCCGGGCUCCGGUCCUCCUGUUCCUCCGGCGGCGGCUCGCCUCCCGGCCCAGAACAAUCAAUCAUGACUACCGAAUCUGGAUCGGACUCUGAAUCUAAACAGGACCAAGAACCAAAGCGCCAAGAAACAUCCGCAGGGCCGCAGGGUGAAGCCGGGGCUCUUCAGCAGCAGCCGCAACAGCCGCAGCCGCAGCCGCAGCAGCAGCCCAGUGACGAGCAGCAGCAGCAGGCUCUGGACCAGUUUUCUGCUGCAGCAGCCCACAGCACUCCCGUGAAAAAAGAGGUCACUGACAAGGAACGGGAAUUUGCUGCUGCUGCUGCAAAACAGCUCGAAUAUCAGCAAUUUGAAGACGAUAAGCUUUCUCAAAAGUCCUCUUAUAGUAAACUCUCUAGAUCUCCUCUGAAGAUCGUCAAGAAACCUAAAAGCAUGCAGUGCAAAGUAACCCUUUUGGAUGGAUCAGACUAUUCCUGUGAUGUGGAGAAACGCUCCAGAGGCCAAAUUCUGUUUGACAAAGUGUGUGAACAUCUGAACCUGUUAGAAAAAGACUACUUUGGACUAACAUACCGAGAUGCUGAAAACCAAAAGAAUUGGCUGGACCCUGCUAAGGAAGUCAAAAAACAGAUCCGAAGUGGUGCUUGGCAGUUUUCCUUCAAUGUGAAGUUCUACCCGCCAGACCCUGCCCAACUAUCCGAAGAUAUCACCAGGUACUACCUCUGCUUGCAGUUGCGAGAUGACAUCGUUUCAGGAAGACUGCCAUGCUCUUUCGUUACCCUUGCACUCCUGGGCUCAUACACUGUUCAGUCUGAACUUGGAGACUACGAUCCAGAUGAAUGUGGAAGCGAUUAUAUCAGCGAAUUCCGUUUUGCACCAAAUCAAACAAAAGAACUGGAAGAUAAAGUCAUUGAGUUGCACAAGAGCCACAGGGGAAUGACCCCAGCUGAAGCAGAGAUGCAUUUCUUGGAAAACGCCAAAAAGUUGUCCAUGUAUGGAGUAGACCUGCAUCAUGCCAAGGAUUCUGAAGGAGUGGAAAUCAUGCUUGGGGUUUGUGCCAGUGGUUUACUGAUCUAUCGAGACCGACUCCGAAUAAAUAGGUUUGCUUGGCCCAAGGUUCUGAAAAUUUCAUACAAAAGGAACAACUUUUACAUCAAAAUCAGACCGGGAGAGUUUGAGCAGUUUGAAAGCACCAUUGGAUUUAAGCUGCCGAACCACCGAGCUGCGAAGCGUUUAUGGAAAGUGUGUGUGGAGCACCAUACGUUUUUCAGGCUCUUGCUUCCGGAAGCACCUCCAAAGAAAUUUCUGACCCUGGGGUCCAAAUUCCGCUACAGUGGAAGAACCCAAGCCCAGACCAGGAGGGCCAGCGCACUGAUCGAUCGCCCCGCACCUUAUUUCGAGCGAUCUUCUAGCAAACGUUAUACCAUGUCCCGCAGUUUGGAUGGGGCAUCAGUGAAUGAAAACCAUGAAAUGUACAUGAAGGAUUCUAUGUCUGCUACAGAGGUUGGUACGGGGGUGUACACCACAACAAAGGGCAUCUCUCAAACCAACUUGAUCACCACUGUGACGCCGGAGAAAAAGGCGGAGGAAGAGCGAGACGAGGAAGCGGACAAGAGGAAAAAGGGAGAAGAGGAAGCCGCCCCAGUCCCGGCAGUUCGGCCUGAGGCAAAGUCACCCUGGCUUGAACCCGAAUCAUUUCACUCCUCUCCUCGCUCGCAUAACGGUUCUCCCGCACCUUCAGCAGAGCUCCGUAGGAGAUGUAAGGAGAAUGCUCCAAAACUCUUAGCUUGUGAGCCAUCCACAGACACCGUGCCCAGCCACGGUGAGGGGGAUUUGCCACCCCCCACCAGGAAAGGGAACGUGUAUUCGGGGGACCAAGAUGUGGCUUUUAGCUACAAGCAAAAAGCGAGCAACCACGGGACGCUGUUCUCCUUCUCCUUGCAACUCCCCGAGUCUUUCCCAUCUCUUCUAGAUGACGAUGGGUAUCUCUCUUUCCCCAACCUUUCCGAAACCAGCUUCCUCCCCACCAGCCUGCAGCAUUACCUUCCCAUCCGAUCGCCAUCGCUCGUGCCCUGUUUCCUCUUCAUCUUUUUCUUCCUGCUGUCCGCCUCUUUCUCAGUGCCCUGUGCCCUCACUCUCUCGUUCCCUCUGGCUUUGUGCCUCUGCUACCUGGAGCCCAAGGCGGCCUCCUUGAGCGCAUCACUUGACAAUGACGUGAAUGACAGUUCAGAGGAAGAGACGGACAGCGAGCAGACGGACACUGCAGCAGAUGGUGAAACCACUGCCACUGAGUCGGAUCAGGAGGAAGAUGCCGAACUCAAGGCCCAGGAGCUAGAGAAGAACCAGGAAGACCUGGUGAAGCAUCAGACCAAUAUAAGCGAGUUGAAGCGCACCUUCUUAGAAACCUCCACGGACACCGCGGUCACUAACGAGUGGGAGAAGAGGCUUUCUACAUCUCCCGUGCGACUUGCCGCAAGACAGGAGGACGCACCCAUGAUUGAGCCACUUGUGCCUGAGGAGGGCGCAGAGGAUUGGGUUAUUGUAGACAAAAUACCCUCUGAGGUAGUUGGUGGUGAAUCGAAAAGCAUUGUGACUUACAAGGUGAUGACCCUGAGCGGUAAAGCCGAUGAUAUCUCAGCUGAUCUAUUCAAAUCCGAUGCCCUGGAAAUGCAGAGCUUUGAUGAUUUGACGAGCGAAAUGCGACUGAGAGAAGAGAUUAAACAGAAAAUGUACACUUUAGGCAAGUCCUACGAUACCGUGUCCGGAAAAAUUGUCACCAUGACGGGCAAAGCUAAAGAGGGUGAAAAGACCAUUCAGACGUCCUCCCAAGAAGCCCUCCAGAAGUUGGAACGAGGCAGGUAUGAAUCUGCUAAGACCACCCCGGUCAUGGCGGAGUUUGAGAUCCUGGAAGUCAUCUCUGAUGACAAGGCCAAGAGAGGAGCCGAGAUCCAGAGCUCGAAAAGGAAAUUGUCAGAAUCACUGGCCACCAUAAAAGAAGCGGAAUCCCGGCUGCAGAGCCCAGAAGAGGAGAGCGCAAAGAAGGCUCAGAAGCUCGACCAGGAUAUGGAGUUCCGCAGCGGACUGGGUGCUGUCCACUUCACCAGGAUGGAGCAGACGAAGGAUGGCGAGUCCCUGAAAGAGGCGGCCUUCAGGCGGAAAGAGAAGGGCCCGUCUGAAUGGAGAUACUCCCGGGAGCCGUUCACCGUGGCCACUGCUCAUUAUGUAACAGAGUCGUCUGCCUCCCGAAUCGUGACUAAGCAAUCCUCCGGUGAAAAAGCCAUGGAUGGUUCAGAUAUCUUCAGUUUAAUAGAGUCUGCGAGGAAACCAACAGAAUUCAUAGGCGGGGUCACUACUUCAUCACAGAACUGGGUUCAGAGAACGGAAACCACGACGGGGUCCGGUGAAACAAAGACCGAAACAACCCAGCAACACGAGCAACUGAUCGGGGAGAAGGUGGUGCGGGAAACAGUGGUGGUGGAAGAAAGACACGUGAUGAGCGUGCCUGCCAGCGGCGAUGCUUCUGCUCUGGCCCCGGAGGGUUUGGAUGCCGCCGCCCAGGCUGGCGCUUCUUGCGUUGAUGGGAAAGAGGGCUCAGCGCCGACUGAGGGGACUAAAGAGGAGACGAGAAAGGAGGCCGAGAGAGCUGCCACAAGACCAGAAGAGAUCCCUGCCUCUUCUCCUGAGCAAUUGGCAGAGCCAAGUGCGGCAGCCCCGGUUUCAGAAACGUCGGACCAAAGACCUCAUUUUGAGUCAUCCACUCUGAAGACUGAAUCCGUCACCUUUGGCAGCGUUUCUUCAGGUGGAGUAAAGCUAGAAAUUUCCACCAAGGAAGUGCCGGUGGUUCACACAGAAACAAAAACCAUUACGUAUGAAUCAUCGCAGGUUGAUUCUAGUGUUGAUUCCGAGCCAGGCGUAUUGAUGAGUGCCCAGACUAUCACAUCAGAAACUACCAGCACUACAACUACCACACAUAUCACCAAAACUGUGAAAGGAGGCAUUUCCGAGACGAGAAUCGAGAAGCGGAUAGUCAUCACGGGAGACGCGGACAUCGACCACGACCAGGCGCUGGCUCAGGCAAUUAAAGAGGCCAAAGAGCAGCACCCUGACAUGUCAGUGACCAAGGUAGUGGUACACAAAGAGACAGAGAUCACCCCCGAAGACGGAGAGGAUUGACGGCAGAAGAAGGAAAUCUAAGGAAAAGGGGUUUUCGGACCACUUGGAUUGAGUUUGGAGGAUGGAAAACGGGCCUUUUGGUGUGAGUCACUCACUGGAGCAGCAGUGUAUGAAUUAAGACAGUGCAUAUCAUCAAACAGUUACUUAUACUGGAAUGACGCGGUCGUCUUUUUCGGAGGAAGCAAUGCCUAAUGAAUGGCCUGGGAAAGAUUUCUCUGGCAGCCUUGAUCUGAGCCAGAACGCUCCGCUCUCUUCUCAUCAUUAACUCCUUAAAUCUCUUUCCUGCAGGAAUAAUUUAGCUGGCACAUGAAUCCAGUCUCACCCACUGUUAGGAAAAAAAACAAACAAACAAAAAACCCUCUGCUGAAAAUGGAGCCCCAGGUCCCACCCCGACUGACUCGUACCUUUCCGUGGACCAUUUCAAUCCGGAAGAAUUGAUCUUGGCCGUUCCGUAAAGACACUUCAAAGAGAUUUUCCCAUACUAAAGCAAUCUGAUACAGCAUCAGUACUCCAAUAUUGCAUGAAGCAACGAUUAAAAUGACAAAAAUGGCAUUUUUAAUUUUCAUCAGACGUCUUAGUUUUCAGCUGUACCUGCACGUUCAUAACCAACGAUAUAAACCGUGAUCUCAUGUAACACAUAAACGAUCCAUGCCUUUCACAGUUCAUUAUUAAAGUUGGAACAAAUUGCAAUUUGUUAGGUGGCAAACCUUUUGUUUACAGAUAAAUGAAAAUUACCCUAAAAUGCUAGAAGCUGUAUAGGUGCGGUGUAUAAUGUUUUCUCACAUAAUAGAUGUGCCAAUAAUACAGUUUAUUCAGUCCACGACUUGAAUCUUGUGUUUAUUUCACCCGGUUUUAUUACGAUUGCCCCACAACCGACGGGGAAUCCCUGAUCCUCUGGCGAUAUUUAGUGCUUACAAAAUGUGCUUUGUAUCCCUGAUUUAAUACCUUAUAAAAUCACAAUGGUUUUAGAAUUUUCCGUCGAUUUUUCUUUUUUGUUGUCGACACUGUUCUAUGUUAAAUCCAGAGAGUUUUCCAGCCAGUCUUCAGAAGUUCCUGAAUCUGUAAAUUGUGUCAUUAUACGGGGGACAGGGGAGGGGGGAAGAAGGCCUGUUUUUUUUCUUUAGUUUACGACAUUACAAAGCUUUUACUCUGGAAUAACUUUGUUGAUUUAUGGGUUUUUUUAUUGAUUUUUUCCUUCUGUUAUCCGAAAAAUACGUUUCAUUUCAAAAUCUGGUCAACAUUUACGAUUUAGUUCAGAGCCAAGCCUUAAAUUGUACAGAACGUCCACUGUAAACGAUUUAGUGUUGAGUUCGAACUCUCCAUUGACGAGGAUGUGUUUUCCGUUCUACUGUCGAUUGCAUCACAAUACAUGGUGAAUGUAUGUUUCUGCAUAGCAAAAUAAAAGUGAUAAACGCAUUCCAGUGGG